UUAUUUAAAUUUUAAAAAAGUUUUAAUAAAAGAAUUAAAUACUAUAAAUGAGUUUUAUCUUUUUUAGUUUAUAGGAAAGCUUUUUUAUUUUUGUUCUUAAAAAUAUCAAAAUUUUAAGAAAUAUUAAGGUUUCAAAAAAUUAUCAAUGAAAUCAAAUAAGAAGGAAAAAAGGAAGUCUGAUUCUAAAUAUCUUUAUAAGGAUAUAGAGAAUUUAUGCGUGGAUAAUAAUAAAUCUAAAAAUAAGCAAAGAUUCAACCAUAUUUUCUUUUAUUCUCGUAAAAUACAAAAAAUAUCUAAUUCUCAUAAACACGAGGGAAUGAUGAAACAAGAACAUGGUGGAAUGGAUUUAGAUAAAAGCUGUGAGCAAGAUUGUCUGGAUGGGUCAAUGGAUCAAUCCUUUUCAGACCAGAUUAGUCAAUAUCUUCAUGCACCAGCAUCUCAAUCGUUAAAUAAUCUUAAUAUGCCCUCAAACUAUAUGAGUAGUUUGGAUUCUUCAAAGGUGAUAUUUAAAAAGCGAAAUGUUUUGACCAAAAAUACCCCUAGUAUUUCGUGGAAGAAAAAAAAAUCGACACAAAAACACAGAAUUGAUUGUCAAGAACAUUCCGUAUCUCUUUUAUCAGAUUCAAUUAUACAUAAAGGAUGGUUAAACAGAAUGGAUGAAACAGAUCAUAAGUUUUCUGGAUUUUCGAACUCUUGUAAUAAUUGGAAACUUUGUAUGACUAUUUUAUCUGGAUCAAAAUUAUAUUUUUACACUCCUCAAGAAAUAAGUAAUAGUUCUUAUAACGUCAUGUAUUCAUAUGAUUUGCAGAAUACUUCUGAUUCAAUGGAAUAUAAAUUUUCUUCGUCAGAAUUUGACUUAAAUGUUAGAUCUAUUCUAUACGAUACGAAUAAUUUACAAAGAUUUUUUUUUGGUGUCAUUUUAACGGAAUUUGAAGGUUUUAUUCAGGAUUUUGAAAAGGAUAUGAAUAGUAUAUUUUUCAUAGAAAAUAUUCUUGUAUUAUGUUAUCGCGGAUCAUUUAUAUUUAAUAAAGAUCAAGAUUUACAUCCCAAUUCAAACGCUCAUAAUAUUGAUUUGAAAAAGUUAUGGAAACUGGAUGUCGUUUAUAAUGUAUUUGACGUAAAUAUUGUAUUUAAUUUAUUGAAAAAUGUGAAUUUAGUCUCUUCUGAAUUAUUUGGCGAGGAUUUGUAUCUUAUGACUAUCAACAAUGAGGAAAUAAUAAGACGCUUUAUUUUAUCUAAGGAAUCGGCUAUAUGUUUUUUGAAAAAAUAUUCACUAUUUCAAAAAUUAACUAAGAGUGUUGAGUUCUCAAUUUUAAAAAACACUGCAUUAACGGAGUUUAAUUCAAUGUCUAUAUCAAAUGAUGUUCAAGAUAUCUUGUUAAAUUAUGAUAAGACAUUAAAGGCUACUACAACUAGAAUAUUAUUAGAAAUUAUGCUAGGAAUUAAUAAUACAACGACUAAUUUUGAUAUUUUUGAAUUAUUUUCUACCCUUAUAGGGUUUUGGGAUUCUUCUGAAACAAUAUUAGGAACUAUAAUAUCUAUUGUUUCUGAAUCAUUAGUAGAUUUCAGUUCAAGCAUCGAAAAAAUGAUUAAUAUAUGGUGUGAUAAAUGUUAUGGGAUGUUUCAGGAUAGUAAUAUUAUUGAUAAUAUUGAGAAAUUAAUAAAAAAUGGAAUUGAUCCCAAUAAUAGUAUUUUAAGUCAAAAAUUAAGAAAUAAAAUUAAAAACAAAGAAUUAACUCUAAAAAGUGAUUUAUUUGAUCUAAUAGCUAUAGAUUUUUCUAUUUAUAAAAUUUAUGAUAACAAUUUGGAAUUUGGAUUAUCAGUAGAAGCUAUUUUGGAAAUUCCUCCUGAGGUAUUUUCACGUGAAUUAUAUUAUUUUCAUCAACGUUUUCUUAAUACAUGGGACCCAUCAUUGGACUUGUCUUUAUUUUUUAAUAAAGUAUCAUUUAAUUUAAUUAGAAAUCCCUUGAUUUUUGGGCAUCGGCAUAUACACUUUAUUACUAGACUUGUUCUUGAACAACUUUUGAAAACAAAUGAUAAAAUGUCUUCUCAGCUUCGUGCUAAUAUUUGUGCAUAUUGGAUAUCUGUUUCAAUUUGUUUAAAAAAUUUUGGAGAUAUGGCAGGAUGGUUUUCUAUUAUUAUUGCUUUAUGUUCUCCUUCUAUAAUUCGUUUAAGAGAAACAUGGACAUUGGUUGAUUUGAAUUUAAGAAAUUUUGUACAGAAUUCCGCAUCUAUUAUGAAUGAUUUACAUGAGUUUGAUUUUUAUAUGACUGAUAAAACUAUAUAUAUGCCUGAUACUUUGAUAUCUGAUAAAUUAUCUAAGAUUGAAAUUUCUAAACAAACUAUACCAUAUUACGGGGAAAUCUUAAAUUAUAUUGAAAAUUUUAUAUCUUUCUAUGGCUCCAAUAAUAAAUUAAUAAAUAUAGAAUUAUUUAAUGAUAUUUUUAUUUUAGUAAAAAAAAAACUAGAGAGAUGGAGAUGCAUUGUAUUAGCUAACAAAUCAUUUAUUUGUAUUGGUGAUGAAAAUAGGAGUAUUAUCUUACAAGAACUAUUUAAACAACUUAAUUGUGUCAGAAGUAAUCCACAGUCGAUAUUUUCUGAUGUUUUCUUUAAAAAAUCGCUUAAAUGUGAACCGUUGAAACGUAGUUUAUCUUUACAAUUUGAUUUUUCUCAAAAUAUUAACACUAAAUCUGGCAUAUGCGCUUUUUUGAUAUUUAAUUAUAUAUAUAACUCAUGUAGUUUGCAUGAUUUUAUGGAUUUAUCUGAGAUUUAUAAAGAUCAGAAUGUUUAUACCGACAUAGAAACUUAUUCAAUUACAGAAGAUUCUUCUUUAUAUAAUCCAUUAGUACAAGUUUCCGAUUUAGAGAAAUUAAAUAAACAUUUGAAAAGAAGUUCAUUUCCUUUCAAUAGAUAUUCUAUGCUUAUUACAGAUUUUGAUUUCGAUAGUAAAAUUCGAUAUAAAACAGUAAAUUUGAGGGAUAAGAGUUCUUUAAUUUCCAAAAAUUCUCAAGAUGUUUUUGGAGAAAACGAGAGUUUGUUUUACUAUGUUGAUGGUGAGUUGGUUUUAAGAUCAAUUCGGAAUAUUUCAGAAAAAAAAGGAUCGAAUUGUGUUAAACUUUCCUCUAAAGACAAUAAUAUAUUAAAGGUUUUUGAAAAUGAGAAAACAUGCGAUAAUGUAAACCCUCUUCGAACAAUACUAUCAUAUCAAGUUAUUGUUAAAGCAGGAUCUCUUGAACGUCUUAUAGAUGUUCUCGUUUUAGGAAUAGAUGAUUUCAGUGAACGCCUAAUUCAUGAAUCGAAGAAUAUCCAGCUUGAUCUUUAUAUGAAUACAGGAGAUUUUCGCUUAAUUUUUUUCUCUAUAUUUCGUUCGUUUUGUGCGCCAUUUACUCUUCUUGAACAUUUUAAGAAACGUUUAGCUGGUUCUAAAGCAAUUGCAUCAAGAAUUGGGGUUAAUAUGAAAGUUUCUGAAUAUGCAAAAAAUAAUCGAAUGUUUCCGGAUUGGACUUCAUCUGAUUCUAGUAAUUAUAGUUUAUUUAAUUACGAUUUUUAUUUGAAAAUACAUGUUGGUGUGUUGGAAUGCGUAAUAUUGUGGCUUACGCAUUAUUUUGAUGAUUUUGUUGAUGAUUUAUCUAUGUUGGACGGAUUUUAUUCUUUUUUAAAAUUAGCCAAUGAUCAAUUACAAAACUGGAAAGAAAUUGUAUCAACAAAAAAUGAAUUACAGUAUUAUAUGUCUCAAUAUCUUGAUCUUUUUGAAAAUCUGAGAAAAUUAUUUGCUAAAUUGUCUUAUCAACCACAAAUAGAAUUAUCACACGUUAUAUCUAUAAAAAUAUUACAAGAAAUAGAUAUUUCUUCAGAAUAUAGUGAUGAAGAUCUUUUUAAUUUAGCAUAUACUCUCGAUAGAUUAACUGCUAGUAUAUUUAAGAAAUUAACACUGGAAGAUUGGAUAUAUUGCUUUGAACUUUUUCAAGUUCAAUUCAGGGACUUAGAAUCAUUCUUCGAAUAUCACGAAUCAAUAUCUCUUCAAAAUGAUAAUUAUGUUUUACAAGAUACGUAUAGUUUAUUAAGUCAAAUUCGCGGAUCUCAAUCUCAUGAUUUACUGAUAAACAUGUUCCCUCAUUCAAUAAGAGAAUUAUUUAGAUUAAGGCAUAAUAUUAUUAAAUGGGUUAUUAGUCAAAUUACUGAUAUUAAUAUUGAUUGUUGCACGAGAGUGAAUCGAAUAUUGUUAUAUCUACGAUUAUUGGGUGUUUAUAAAUUAACAAUGACUCAUUUAGAUUUCUUUUCUGGACCUUUUGAUGGAAAUGAUUUGAUCAAAGACAAAUCUAUGUUACCUUCAUUUGUUGGCAAUGCUAUUGCUGCUGCUUUGGUUCGUCCAGAGUCUAGACUAUUUAUUUAUGCUUGGUCUAUGGUAGCAUCUGCACGAGGUUUAAAUGGUCAGGUGGAAGAUCUUGCUUCUAUUAUUCCACUUGUAACAGUUAAGAAUUCUUUUUCAUUUACUCCAUGUAUUGGCUGGAUCUUUCAGCGCAUGUUAAAAAUUGUAUUUUGUAUUCCGGAUGUGAUUGGAAAUAGUCAACUCAUAAAUUUUAUUAAGUAUACAUUUCUUUAUGAUUUCAUUUUACGUGUAAUUGGUUUUGGUAAUCAUGAAAACUUUGAAGUAAAUCAACAGACUGAUAAAUGUGAUAAUACGAAUGAUAUCAUUGUUAAUAUUCGGACUCAUGAUUUGAGGACUCUUGAAAUGGUUUCGGAAAAUGAAAAUUAUCCCUUGCAGUUUAGUAAUAUAAGAAAACCUUUUGAAAGUUUGAUACAAAAGAAAAUAAUCACGAUUCAAAAAAAUCAAAAACAUUGUGGUUCCAUAAAAAAGCAUCUCGAGGGGCUUAAUAAAGAUAUUAAACGGGAAAAUGUAAAUGUUUCCAAAAUUUGUGAAGAGGAUCAUAAAAAAGUAGCAUUAAAACAUAAAGGUAAUAAUUCUUUUUGGUCAUCUCAUUCUAGUUCCAUGUUUAUGAAUAACUCUACAAAAGAUAAAGUUUUAGCAUUGGAAUCUGAACCUUUAGAUGUUAUUGAUUUGGUCGAUUCAUCAGUGAGUACUUUAAAAAAUUCGAAACAUGAAUGUGUGUUUAGGAUUAAAUCAAGAAAUGGAAUAAAGAUAUUACUUCGCGCACCAUCUGUAGAUGAGUAUAAAAUAUGGUAUAAAAAAUUAAAAGAUUUAAGUGCAAUUACUUUUAAUAAAAAGAAAAAUAUUUUGAUGAAAGAUACACAUGCAGCAUCAGUAAAUAUUGCAGUUAAAAUUCCAUCUGUCGGGUUAGAUUCUACAACUUGUUAUGGUGUGGAUUUGGAAACUUUGUGCUGUCGAGAAAAAAGUAAUAUUCCAAAGAUUGUAAAUGAUUUAAUUAUCGAAAUAGAAGCUAGAGGUCUUCAAGAAGUGGGAAUUUAUCGUGUUCCUGGCUCAGUUUCUAAAGUAAAUUCAUUGAAAACAUUAUUUGAUGCAGGUGAAAAUGUGGAUUUUAAAGAUGGCCGUUGGGCGGAUAUUAAUAUUAUUGCUGGAGCUCUUAAAUUAUGGCUUCGCGAACUACCUGAACCCUUAAUGACGUAUAAAUUAUAUCCUAAAUUUAUUGGCCUUGUUGAUAUUUCUGACUAUCAUAAGAGGAUAAUUUUAUUGAAAACUCUUAUUAGAAGUCUUCCUUUUUACAAUUACUUUUUAGUUAAACGACUUGUCGAACAUUUCGAAAAAAUAAUAAACUAUGAAACAGUUAAUCAAAUGUAUGCACAUAACUUGGCUAUUAUUUUUGGUCCAAAUUUCCUACAACCAUUUCCUUCUAAUUAUUCGUUCUCACAAACUGUUACCCAUUUAGGAAAAGCUCAAGAAGUCAUUAAAGAACUCAUUAUUCAUCGAAAUUCCAUAUUUUAUGAUCGUAAUUCUUCUCAAAUGUCCUUCCAUCUUCAAUCUGUAUAG